CUGCGGCGGGGACCGCGCUGUGUCCGGCUCCAUGAGCAGAAGCAGGCACUCCGGAGGCUCUGCUGCCUGUGGAUAUAAACAGGGGGCAAUCGGGAUGCGCUAGCUUCCCCCGCCGGCGCCGCUGCUCCUUCGCGCUCCGCGCCGCGGCUGGGACAGGGCGAUGGACAUGAACAUGAAGAAGUUCACGGUGCGCCGCUUCUUCUCCGUCUAUCUCCGCAAGAAGUCUCGGUCAAAGAGCUCCAGCCUGAGUAGAUUUGAGGAAGAAGGUAUUGUGAAGGAAAUAGACAUCAGUCAUCAUGUCAAGGAAGGUUUUGAAAAAGCAGAUCCUUCUCAGUUUGAGCUGCUGAAAGUAUUAGGACAAGGCUCAUACGGAAAGGUAUUUCUAGUCAGGAAGAUAAAAGGUUCUGAUGCAGGCCAGCUUUAUGCCAUGAAGGUACUUAAGAAGGCAACUCUAAAAGUUCGGGAUCGGGUACGAUCUAAAAUGGAGAGAGAUAUUUUGGCAGAAGUGAACCAUCCUUUCAUAGUCAAGCUUCAUUAUGCAUUUCAAACAGAGGGAAAGUUGUACCUAAUACUAGAUUUCCUGCGGGGAGGGGACCUUUUCACCAGACUCUCCAAAGAGGUGAUGUUUACAGAAGAGGAUGUCAAGUUCUACUUAGCUGAGCUGGCCUUGGCAUUAGACCACCUCCAUGGGCUUGGAAUUAUUUACAGGGAUCUUAAACCAGAAAACAUUCUUCUUGAUGAAGAGGGUCACAUUAAGAUAACAGAUUUUGGUCUGAGCAAGGAAGCCAUCGACCACGACAAGAGAGCGUACUCGUUCUGCGGGACGAUCGAGUACAUGGCCCCCGAGGUGGUGAACCGGCGCGGGCACACGCAGAGUGCCGACUGGUGGUCCUUUGGCGUGCUCAUGUUUGAGAUGCUGACGGGAUCAUUACCCUUCCAGGGAAAAGACAGAAAGGAGACAAUGGCACUCAUUCUCAAAGCCAAGCUGGGAAUGCCACAGUUUUUGAGCAUAGAAGCCCAGAGCCUGCUGCGAGCCCUCUUCAAAAGGAACCCCUCCAACAGAUUAGGCGCUGGAUUUGAUGGAGUGGAAGAAAUUAAGCGUCACCCUUUCUUUGUUACUAUAGACUGGAAUAAACUGUACAGAAAAGAAAUCAAGCCGCCUUUCAAGCCCGCAGUGGGGCGGCCAGAGGACACCUUUCAUUUUGACCCAGAGUUCACAUCUCGGACCCCUACAGAUUCCCCAGGUGUUCCUCCAAGUGCCAAUGCUCAUCAUCUUUUCAGAGGGUUCAGCUUUGUUGCCUCCAACUUGGUGCAGGAGCCUGCACAGCAAGAUGUGCACAAGAUCACUGUUCACCCAAUUGUGCAGCAGUUACAUGGGAACAACAUUCACUUUACUGAUGGAUACGAGAUCAAGGAGGACAUAGGAAUUGGCUCCUAUUCAGUGUGCAAGAGAUGUGUUCAUAAAGCUACAGAAACAGAGUUUGCAGUGAAGAUAAUUGAUAAGAGCAAGAGAGACCCUUCUGAAGAAAUUGAGAUACUCUUGCGAUAUGGACAGCAUCCAAACAUCAUUACUCUUAAAGAUGUCUAUGAUGACGGGAAGUUCGUGUACCUGGUGAUGGAGCUGAUGCGGGGCGGCGAGCUGCUGGACCGCAUCCUUCGGCAGAAGUGCUUCUCUGAGCGGGAGGCCAGCGCUGUGCUGUGCACCAUCACCAGGACUGUGGACUACCUGCACUCUCAGGGGGUCGUGCACCGAGAUCUCAAGCCAAGUAAUAUCCUCUACAUGGAUGAGUCAGGAAACCCAGACUCUAUCAGGAUCUGUGACUUUGGCUUUGCCAAGCAGCUGAGAGCGGAGAACGGGCUGCUCAUGACUCCCUGCUACACAGCCAACUUUGUUGCUCCUGAGGUCCUCAAACGCCAAGGUUAUGAUGCAGCCUGUGACAUUUGGAGCCUGGGGAUCCUGCUGUACACCAUGCUGGCAGGGUUUACUCCUUUUGCAAAUGGACCAGACGACACCCCAGAGGAGAUUCUGGCCAGGAUUGGCAGUGGCAAAUAUGCUCUUACAGGAGGAAACUGGGAUUCAGUAUCUGAUACUGCAAAGGACAUUGUGUCUAAGAUGCUUCAUGUAGACCCUCAUCAGCGCCUGACAGCAGUCCAGGUCCUGAGACAUCCAUGGAUAGUGAACAGGGAGUACCUGUCUCAAAACCAACUCAGCAGACAGGAUGUUCACCUGGUUAAGGGUGCAAUGGCAGCCACUUACUUCGCUUUAAAUCGCGCACCUCAGGCACCAAGGCUGGAGCCUGUGUUGUCCUCCAACCUGGCUCAGCGGCGAGGCAUGAAAAGACUGACCUCUACCAGAUUGUAGCAGUACCCCCAAAAGGCCUCCUUGAAAUCCCUCAGUUUAUUAUUUGAGAAAUUCAUCUUUACUUGGCUAGCAGAACCUUUCUGGACAACCUGCACAUGAAAUUGCCAGAACUAGCAGAAGCCCACGUAAGGCAAAGUUCUCAUUUGCUACAUCUUUUCUUUUACAUUCCAGCCAGGGUCCCGAGUUCAACAACUUCACAAAGAUGUGCCAGUUUUGCCAGUAGCUCUGUUUCUUUAUAAAGAUAAAGCCAAAUAAAAUAGGCGAGCUCCAUCCUUUCCACCCUAGGAAAACUAUUUUUGAGUCUCUAAGAUGUUCCAUGGGAACAGUUUUCAUUUUGUUUCUCAAGAAAAGCACUUUUUGCUAUGAAGAAUGCAGUCGGGUUAGAAUGCUGUUCCAGCAUGCAUCAUGAUGAAGUGACUUGGCACAAGUAGACAUCUGCUGAUCUCCACUCACCCCAGGAAGAGUGAAAGCUCCAGAGACACAUGAGUAAUACCUUAUUUGAAACAAGUGCUGAACAACAUGAGGUAGAGAGAGCUGGUGGUGGUGGAAAUACCUUCUGUUCUUGAGGAAUCUUUUGCACUUUGCCCCUGCCUUCUCUGGAAUGAAGCUAGCACCUCUCGAGGAGAGUGUGCCACCAGCUCUGACUUGCUUAAAAGUCUCAGAGAGCAAAAACCUCUGAGAAGCUUGGUCUUCUGAAGAAAAGAAUGGGUCUUAUGAGACUGUGGGGAGGCAUUCAUGUAGAGCAGUGUGAGUAGAAGCCUGUGGAUCAGGCAGGAGAAAAGUGUCUGGUCUUGGCCAGCAAGCAGGUCUGGGAGGAUCGGGUGAAGGGGCUGGGGAACCAAACAAAGGCAGGGAAAGAUGUGAGUGGCUUUGAGGACAGGAAGCAAAAUAAUGCAAAGGCAACUGGCAUACAAGUGGCUGGGGGCAGACUGUGACUCCCUCUCAAAGCAGGGGCAGUCCCCCUUCAGUGACUGGUGCAGAAGACAGUGGGUGGCUGGGCUGCCCAGGGGCCACGAGGGUCGAUGCAGCCACCCAUCCUCCCACACCCCCACCCAGUCUGCUCACUGAGAGCCAUUCUGGCAGCCCAGAGAGCCACGCUGGAGCAAGAGAGGCCAUUUCCAGUCACUGUUCCCUGCCCUCCCUGGCUGAUCACCCAAAUCUGCCUCCAUCACCCAUGUCCCUGCCUGGGUGUUCUGCUCCAGCAGAGCUAAGCUCCCCAUGCCAUGUGUGUGCAGAGAGUACCCACUUCUGAAGAGUUCAGCCAACUCUGUUACAAGCUUUAAUAAUAAUAAAUUAUGAGGAGAAAUGGGAGGAUGCUCUGCUUUUAUAUUUAUAUGAAUAUGUACAUGUGUAUUUAUAUACAUAUAAAACAAAAAUUCUGUGCCCUAAUACCUGGAUUUUCCAGGUCCAGGGAAAGGAAACUUUUGUUGAAAUGGUCUCUGCAAAACGGACUUUUUUCUCAUUCCCUGGUUUCAAAGAAAGCAAGCAAGGUUUGUGGUGCCAGAUGUGAACUAUUUUUUUAUUCCUUUUCUUACCCAUCUUGGCUUAUUGGUGGUCACAAGCUGACCAAGAUUCUUCUUUGUACUGCUUUUGUUAAUUUUUGUUUUCCGAGUGAAUUUUGUCACCUCAGAUGCUUGGUGGGAAAAGCUACUGUGCUGUGUUGGCUUUUUUCUGUUGUGACAGGGGAGGAAAAAAAAAAGAAAAAUGUGAACAUGGAGCUUCAUAUGCUAGACAUGGUAAUUUUUGCUUGCUGGGUAGUUUGUGCAUCUCGGUGCUCAACUGGAAUUACCAGAUCACUGCCUCAGAUUGUCCAAGGGGUUAUUUGUUAUAGUAAUAUUCUUCCUAAAACUGUCUCUGCUUCAGUGUUGACUGAAGUUUGUUUGUUUGCAUUAGUCUGUUUUUAAAUUUAAAUUUAUUCUUAAUAAUUUAAACUGAUAUUUAAUGUUUAAGUUUAUGUGCUGUGCACAGAGGAUCGCUGCAAAGCAGCUCUCCUUGAAGCCCUUCUCUUUUCUAAAAUAAACAAUGCUGUGAAACUUCACACAGAGGCUGAGUUGGCUGGGACUGACGAGUGCAAACACACGGGUGGGUGUCUGUGCUUGUGUACAGCCCACAUUCUCUCCUCUGGCUAAGCUGUGCUCAGUGUCAGCUUUUUGCUGCCUUAAGAAUGUUCUGCUGGUUAGAAGUUAAGUCUCCCUCGUUUCUGCUAACAGCACACCGUGAGGAUAUCCACUGGCAGGGAUGUCCUGGCUGGUGCAGAACAGCUCUGGCCAGGCCUUGCUUCCCUUGAAGUCACUUCUGUCCUGGAAGAAGGCAAGGUGGGCAUAGGGAUGCAAAGGGCAACCUGGAGGGAGGGCUGGAUUUUCUGGGGUCCCAGCUGGCAUGUGCUGUUUCAACAAAACAUAUUUUUAGUGGUCGGAGUAAUUGUAUUGUAUUGUAUUGUAUAUGGGCAGAAUGACUGUUGGAAAUGUUAUGUACAGUUUUUGUCUCCCUCUGAGGUUUCCUGGUCAUCUUACAUUGCUUCAGUUUGCUUUCUCUCACAACCGCUGGAAAAAGUCUAAUUCCUUCUAUACAUACCCAGUCUUAAUUCCUUGAGUAGCCUUCUUUUAACUGAAUAUUACUGUCGGCCAAGCUUACAGGAUGUUGUUCUUCUCAAACUUUAAGGGUUUUAAUCUCUUCCUGACUUUCCUCUUGCUAACCCACCAACUAUUAACAUAGAGACACAUAUGGACUUAUACAUCUUAAUGCUCAUUAAUUACUUUAUAAGCCUAUUAAUAAUUAUUAGCCCAUACCUAUAGUGAGCUUUGUUUAUUAAGGUUUUAUUGCCAGUGCAUCCAGAUGUGUGCACAUAUGUGUCUGUAUGUAAACACAUGCACAAAAAGGUGCUGUCCCAGCUUGUCAAAAUAAAGGUAGAAGUGUAGUCAGAUGUGUAGGUGAUACUCAGAGGGUUUUGUCUGCAGUGUUCUUUGAAAUCUGUCAUUGAUAAUGGUAAUGAUUACUCUGGGUGUAGAAAAAAAGGCUGUGCUCAUCCGUGGAAGAAACUUCUCCAUCCAGCCCCCGCUCUGUCCCAGAUGUGCAUCCCCGUGCACUUCCAAGGGCAGAUCAGUCUCCCCUCUGCAGUCCUGCCAUGGGAGGGGAUUUUCUGAGGGUUUUGUGACCUGUUCCAGUCAAGUGAAUCCAAUUACACCUUUUCCACUGUCAGUCUUGCUGAUCCAGCUCACUUGGACUGAAAUACAAGAGCCUCCAUCAGCAAAUCCAAGGGAGGCAGAAAGGGAGGAAUAUGCCACUGGCAGUCAUUAUUUCAGACUGAUGGCACCCACUGGUUCCCCUGGCCCAGCUGGAUCCAGGAGAGGAUGCUAGGCUGUGGCCUAAUUACUGCAAUGGCUGCUUUUACACCAGCAUCUCCUUUCUAGACUCCUGGCCAUGGUGUAGCUCAGCAA